GGGCGCCGCGUCGUGGCGGAAUAAUCUUGGCAAGCGGUUUGCCCAGUUUGCUCGGAGUUGGUUGGCUAAGUGAUAUAUUUUAGCCAGCACUUAGCGGCUUUUAGCGGCUUUUAUGUGAAAGGAGUGACGCAUGAAUGGACGUACCCACGUGGGUUUGUUUUUGUGCGGCUGAGCACGCGGCAAGCUGGCGACUCGCUGCAGAUUGGGUACAUGGUGAUUUAUGAUGAAAGGUGCGCGCCUGCACAUGUUCGCGCUACACGGAAGCACUCGUGUCGACAACAGCUGAGCCGAGGCUACCGAGGAUAACGGCGACGAUGAUUCGCCGCGUGUUGGAGUGUGCGGCAUUCCACAUUGAAACUUGGUUCAAAGUUCAUCUCAUUGCGGCGGAGUACUUUUUCAGGGAAUGUGCGCAAAGGUUCAGAGGUGUGUUUGCUCUUCCGGCACCGAAAGCGGCUUACAGUUCCGUGGAGAAGAAAACUGCUGUCGUUACCGGUGGGACGCAGGGUUUAGGAUUGGAAACAGUCAGAGCAUUGCUAUCUCUGAACGCGCGAGUGAUUGUCGGUAGUUCUUCACCAGCGAGAUCCAUAAAUGUCAAGAAGUACCUGGAAGAAGCCAUUCCUGGAAGUGAAGUGGAAAUACUGCCACUUGACCUGAGGUCGAUGUCAUCGGUUGACAAUUUCGCGCAAGAGAUCCUCAGGCGCAAUGUCGUCAUAGACAUCCUCAUCUGUGGUGCGGGGGUCAUGUUCACUCCAUACCAGGAGACCGAGGACGGAUUUGAAUCGCACCUAAGCACCAACUACCUUGGCCACUGUCUGUUGACAGCUCUGCUGCUCCCACGGUUGAUAUCUGCCGGAACACCAAAGAGGAUGGCUAGAAUAGUUAAUGUUUCCUCGUGUGUGCACAAGGUGGCUCGCAUAAACUUUGACGACAUGCAUAGCAGAAGCCUGUAUUCAAGUUACUUCAGCUAUGCACAGUCAAAGCUAGCCCAAGUGAUGUUCACUCAGUCGCUAGCACGUUAUUUUCAUGUGGAACACAUUCCUGUGACAGUUAAUUGCCUGCACCCUGGAAUCGUUGAUACAAAUCUCUACAAACGAGUCUUCUGGGCUCCUUUAGUUUCUGGAAUUUUCUUCAAGACACCUGAGGAGGGAGCACAAACAAGCCUGUACGCAGCCUUGUCCUCGGACAUGGAAGGUGUCAGUGGUGCUUACCUGGAGGAAUGCGCCGUAGCCGAGCCAGCACUGCAGUCAAAAGAUCGUGCCUUGCAAGAUAGAUUGUGGAAGGAGACCUGGGCCUGCUUACAGCCUUGGCUUCCUUCUGCAUCAUCACCACUUUCCACUCAACCAUUUCUUCGUACCUAGCUAUCGGGAUGCGGGGCCAUUGGUUAUGGUCUUCAAGUAGGCUUCAGUCUUAACAACUCACAAGUAUAGUCCAGGCUGUGGAAAAUGGCAACACGGCACAUACACUCAUGGUGCAUUUUGCGUGUCACUUUCAUGCGCUCUCGAAACGUGCUUUACAAGCAGCCACCUUAAAUCAAGCUUUUACAAUGCCAUCAUCUAGUUCAUUCAGAGCGUCAUGCAACAGCUCGGAGGUGAUCUCGUUUUAGAGCUAGGAACAUUUAGUGAUGUCCGCCUGAAUCCUGGUAACAUUUCUCCGAGAACAUCUGGCUCUUGCUUCUGUGUCUAAAGAGCUCCACAUCGCUGCAAGCAGAGUUGGUGCUCUCUAGGAACCAGUUUAACAUACCACUCGUCAUAGUGUGAAGGAGAAGUAUGCAACAUAUAAGGCGCUAUGAAUUGUUGAAUUAUAUUCCAAAUACACAUUGAAA